UACUCUCCUUUGCCGCCGGACACAAUCCGGCUCUUGUACCUCCGUCCCGACUCAAAAGACGAGAGCAUCUCCUACAGCCUGGUUCAUCCAAUCCAUGACCUACCCGAGUUCAAGGCUCUUUCCUACACCUGGGGUAAGCCAGGCAAAUCUAUUCCGGUUGCUUGCGAUGGCCUCUCGUUGUCCAUCCAGCCCAACGCUUGGUAUGCUCUUGCACAGCUCCGCUCGAGCGAGAUAGUAAGACUGCUUUGGGUAGAUGCUGUCUGUAUAAACCAGAAGGAUGUCCAAGAAAAGUCGACUCAACUGCAGCUGAUGGGAUGCAUAUACCCAGAGGCGGCGAGAGUACCGUUUUGGCUGGAGAACGGG